AUGGCUUCAAUCGCCCUCCGCCCAGCAACCCUCGCCGACAGCGACGCCAUCUCCAACAUACACUACGAAGCCCUCAACAGAUAUCACGUCUUCUACGCCGCCUUUUUCCAAAAACAUCCACGCGACAUCAUCCGCAUCGCAGACCGCGGAGCAAUCCAAGAUCCAGGGAGGACCGUGGUGGUGGCAGAGGAGGAGGGGGGAGAGAUCGUGGGGUUCAUAAUCUACCAGAUCGCGAACUCGAACUCGAACAAGAGCGACGAGGAUACAAGGGAUGGACCUCCGCUUUCCAUCUCGGAGCCGAAGGAGCACCUCAAGGAGUUGUGGGAUCGGUUCAAUGAGAGGAAUGCAGAGAUGGACAAGUGCAAGGAAGAAGCUAUCAAAGGACAGAAACACUACGGCACGUUUCCAUCUACAAAGGCUGUUGAAUGCUAUUUACUGACUUGUAGUCUAGAGGUACUCCAACUCAUGGUUCACCCGUCCCACCAGCGAAGCGGGGUCGGAGGCCGGCUCCUGAGCUCCGCGCUCGCCAAGGCCGACGCCGACUCAGCUCCGACCCUCGUCACGUCGUCGGCCGAGGGCCACGGCCUGUACCUCAGAAACGGAUUCCGCUCCUUGGGAAAGACGUGGCCGGUGGACAAUGCGCGGUGGGCGGGAGAAGCCGCAAAGCUCGACGAGAAACUCGGGCCUGAUUUUGUAGCGGCGUGCAGCGACCUUUACGAAGAGGAGGAUUGCAUGAUCCGGCAGCCCAGCUUCCGGAGGUGA